AUGAUUGGAUCACCACCUACGGCAAGCCCUCGUAAGAGAUCAGGCACGAGAUCAGGAUCAAAGGGUGAGGACCCAAUGAAGAACUGGUGGCUUUGUCUUCCAGUUGAUUAUCUGAUCACAGCGGGCUCCAUUGGAUGGACUGAUAUGCAUUCUUUGGAGGUGUUGGAAGAGUUGUCAAACUACCAACCUGGUCCAAAUGCUGUACUGCCUGAUCUGACACCAGCAAAGAUACAUCGCAUCGUUCAAACCUAUCAAUCAAAGCUCACAUUAGAAACUGUCACACUUCUCCUGGCAACACUGGAGCAUCACUUUGUCAGCACUACCUCUCCAGGUCGCACCGAGUUCUUUAACAAGUUCAAAGACAUUCCAUUGGAUCUGACAAUGACAUUGCAUAUGUGCAUCCAGAACUUGUCCAAGGGACUCAAGUUUGAACAGUUGGUGGAUAUAUUGUUGGUGGAGGAUAGACGUACCUAUGCUGCUUAUGAUACACUCAGCUCUCCUGGCCAUCACCACUCGCUAAAGGUCACAAUGGAAUCACCAGAACAAUACCCAAUGCACAAAGAGUUCAUCAAGUAUUACUACGACUUCAUCCUACACUUUUACUUGUUUAGCAUGUUGGUUGGAGAGUUUCGCGUGAUAAUCAAGCAGCGUGUCUUGGCCAAGACAAGCCAACGCGCUGAGAGGCUGGAGAGACUGGCAAAACAGCUGGCGGCCAAGGCCGACCUCCUGGUGCGUCAGACCAACGACCAAUACUUCCUGCGUCUGUACGAUCAGGAUGCAGGUCAGGUGCUCGAGAUCAACCGAGAUGGCGCCACGCUCUACGUCGGCAAACAAAAGCCAUGGAGUCGUGCACAUGGCAAGUAUUUGAUCAGGAACUUGGUGCAUGGCGACUCGGGUACCAAGUCCAAUCAUCUACAUCUCGUCUCUACAGACAACUUUAGUGCCAUUGUCAAAGUCGCUGCCAUCCCAAUCGAUGAGAUCAUCGACCUACAUCAAUCCUAUCUCAGCCAUCUUGGCACGACAAACGAGCCCUGCCACUACUGCCAUCUUCCAUCCUACCCACCCUAUCGAUGCUCCUCAUGCAAAGUCAACAUCUGCUACCUCUGUCUCAGGCGCAGUGAAUGUCUGCCAUGCUACAUCACCAAACUACCGAUGACUGUGAUCGUCCAUUUCAAGGAUGAACAGAAGUUCUUGACAGUGGAGAAGCCUGACUUGCGUGAGUUUGCAACAUUGGUAUAUAAGACAUUCGGGAUCAACAAGGGAAUGAGCAUUGCCAUGAGACUGGUACACAGUUCUAAACAGGAGAUACCACUCGACAAUGAUAUCAACCUGGCGCUGGCAUUGGGCGAGGGCAACACAUGCAAGAUGGUACUGGUCACCAUCCCAGACCCAGUGAUCAUCGCACCAAUCAUACCAAUUGCCCUGGUGGACCAAGGUGAUUCUAUUGGCGAGGGUGGCUACGCCAAUGUCUACAGAGCAACUGUGCCCAAAAGACCAGAGUUUGCUGGCAAAGACAUGGUGCUCAAGUUGCUCAAGCUACACAAUGGCGCACUAUCUCGCUCCGACAGACUUGGCAUGGAUGCUGAAACUAAGCUCGUAACCCUAUACAAGUUCAGACGCGAGGCAUCACUCUUGUCGCACAUCCAAAGCGUGCAUGUUAUUGGCCUGCAUGCCUUUUGUCAAGACUUGGACAAUGAUCAAUAUGGUCUGUUGCUGGAACGCGCGCCACUUGGCACCAUCAGCCCAGAUAACAAGUAUCCAUGGGAGUUGCUGUUGUUGAUGCUGCUCGAUAUAUGCAAGGCGUUGGUGGCCGUUCACAACUUGGGCUACAUCCAUCAGGACUUGAAGCCAUCCAAUAUCCUGUUGUUUAACGAGUGCGUCGACACACCCUUCCGCUGUAAGGUCACAGACUAUGGCAUCUCGACGACCAGGAACAAGCAACACAACUGGGGACACACGGGCCAGAGCCAUACGCCACACUAUUGUGCACCCGAGCAUGAUAAGUAUGGCGAGUACGAUGAGCGCGUUGACAUAUACACUUAUGGCGCACUCAUGUAUGAGUUGAUCACAAGCUAUCAGUACUCUGAUCACUUUAGCAAGGCAUCAUUCGAGUUUAGCAAGAUCAAGCAGCCCGAUGCCAAGUUAUUGUGCCAGCUCCUGCUCAAGGAAGAUCCAGAGCUGCGACCCAAAAAGAUGGAGGAGGUGCAGGAGAAGUUGGAAGGUCUGUUACAAAAGUGUCGUGAUAAUCCUUCAGCCUGGCCAGCUAGAUAG